AUGAGUGACGACGAUAGAGAUAUUGAUAUUGAAAGCGAUGAAGGUGAAGAAAGUGUUGAUUCAGAUACUCGAUCUCAUCGUUCCGUUAAUGGCAGCCAGUAUUUGUCGCAGGCUGAAAAAAGAGCUCAUCAUAAUGCUUUAGAGCGUAAAAGAAGAGAUCACAUUAAAGAUAGUUUUAGCAGCUUAAGAGAUUCAGUACCAGCUCUUCAUGGAGAAAAAGUUGCAAGCAGAGCUCAAAUCCUUAAAAAAGCUGCCGAAUAUAUUCAGUAUAUGAGAAAAAAAAAUACUGUUUGUCUUCAAGACAUAGACGAUUUAAGAAGACAAAAUGCAUUACUUGACUCUCAAAUACGUACAUUAGAAAAUGCUAAAAGUACGGGAAAUUUUGCUGCAGAAGCAAGUGAAGUUACACUUAAUAGUUCAAAGUCUGAUUCUUGUUAUCCAAGAGAAUCUGAGUCUGAUACAUCAGAUUGUGAACAAUCUAGGACUGUUAGGCAUCCUAAAAAAUUGAAAGUCGGUAAUGGAAACUUACAUUGA